GGUCGGCUUCCGCUGGUCCUUAGCGGCUGGAUGUUUGCAUGUUCAUACGGCUAGUCCAGAAAUGUAUGACAGAGUAGAGUUUGUGUUUUUCACGUUAGCGAACUGUGUAGAAACUCUUUUCUCUGUGUAAGUGAAAGCGGAGGUACAGAGUAACUCACCGUUCCCAUAAGAUAUUCACAAUUCUUAUAUAUAUAACUUUACAUCCUGUUUAGUGUCAGGACGGAGUUAGCUUUGUUAGCAUUGCAAGCUAACUUCUGUAAUCAACGUGACUUGUCCAAGCUAACAGGAGUCAUAACAGCAGCAGCGCUGAGAGCAAAGCAUGAACUGCCCGCCCACCAAACGCUUUCGAGGACUGGAACACAAUGUAGCGACAGCCUAUGAUGACUCGUUUGGAGAUGAUGGAGACUUCACCCAAGAUGACCUGGAUGAGAUUGACGUCAUCGCCUCGCAGGCCAUUGCUACUUCAACAGCCGGGACAGCAGUGAGGUCUAAAUCUGAAACAACACCACUAGAGUCUGCCUUGUUGUCAUCGGCGUGGCAUAACAAACCUCUGAGCAAAGUUUCAGCUAAGCAAAGCAGAGAAAACGCAUAUGCGUUUAACAGCAGCACCACAGGGAAUGCUGGGAUACCAAACAGAGAGCCUCUCGGAACAAGGCAGCAGCAGGUUGGGUUGGACAGAGAAGAAUCAUACAGUCAGCUGGAGGUCCAACAUGCUGAGCUGAAAAAAAAGCUGAAGGAGGUUGAGGAGGAUGUUCUCAGAGACUCACUGAGGGCAGCCCAUCAGGAGAAAGACACUCAGAGGCAGAAUCAACUCCUGCUGGAGAUGCAGCGACAGAAGGAGCAGAGUGACAAAGAGAAGGAGCUCAACAGGAAGGUUCAAUCUCUGCAGUCUGAGUUGCAAUUCAAAGAAGCAGAAAUCAAUGAGAUGAAAACCAAACUGCACUGUUUAGACAAAAACAAAUCAAACUCUCCACCAUCCAAGAACAGCCCUAAAGUUGCCCACCUGUAUCACGGGAGCGGCAGCAGCUCCUCCUCUCCAAUGGGAAGUGGUUUUAUCACAAAGGAAACAUUUGGAGCCCAACUGCCUACUAGAAUGACACCAGUCAAGACUCCGUUAAAGAAACGAAGAGAUGAGAGAACUUCUAACAGCAAAUCUGGUGAAAACAGACAGGAAGUGUCUCAUACUGAUCCCUUCCUGUGUGUCAGAGCAUCACACCUGCAGCACCGAGGUGGCAUCCUACUAGGUUUGUUACUUCAGCAGCCUCUGUUUCCCAGUAGCCUCAGCCUGUCUCAUCUACUGUCUAUGGGUUUGACAGACAUCCAGCAGAUAUCCAGGCUGUCAGGUUUUCUGCUCCCCCCUGAAGCAGCAUCUCAUGUCGGGGACGAUGGCUCACCCACAGCUUCUCUGAGUCCACUCCAGAGUCUGGCUGUAACUGGACUGACCAGACUCAGUCAGAGCACAGCAGUGAUGGCAGCCAGCAGCAAUAAUAACAGGUCAUGUCCUGGUGCAGUCCUCCUCCUCCCACUGCUGGACUUCCACUUGUCUCGCCUCUGCAAGGAUUUGAACUCACACCAUUCCAGCUCAGAAGGACGUGGAUCAGACUCUGAUGCAGCGCCCUCGUUUAAGGCAGACAGACUUCAGGAGAAUGGGUUGUCAGGAUUCAGUGUGGAGGAAACUGGUCUGGCUUCACUGAGGGUCCUGUAUUUGCUGCUGGCACACAGUGAUGAGGUGGUGGAGUCAGUGUUGGCAAAUGUGAAUAAGAGCAAAAUAAAGGGUAAUUCCUCUGCUGCAGUUGUGGACCUCUGCUCCCAGAAUUCCUUGCUUCAGUCGGUGCUACAGCUGUGUGAAGCAGGCGCUGGCAGCAGCAGCAGCUCACAGAAGAAGGAACUUGUCCUCAGUGCCAUGAACACACUGAGUGUCCUGAUAAAGAGGACACCACAGACACACACUGACAGGUUGCAGUGUGUGUUACCGGUGUUGUGUGUGUGUCUGGCAGCGGACAGCAGUUUACAAAUGGUCUUGGAGUGUGUGUCCGUCCUCAUGUCCAUGUCUGACCACCAGACACUGGCUGAACAGAUCUGCACUCAGCACGACUCCUGUGUUAUCCUAAAGUUACUGCAGUACAUCAGAGUCAGACCUGGCAAGGAGGAAACAACCUCUGACUGGACGCAGCUGGACCUGCAGGUGGUUUGCUUGUUGAGCAGAACCCUCACUCAAAGAGCUGAACGUUGGACAAACCUGCAGAGCAGCUGUCAGUGUUACACAGAGCUGGUCCAGACUGUGGUGAUUAUUUUUCAUCGUCAGUGGUUGGAUCUCCGUGGCUCUCAGGAGCAGAUGGAUUCCACAGCCCCGCAAUGCUGCGUCUCCCCAUCGCUGCCGUGGCACCGCGGCCCAGGAGCUUCUCUGCUCAGGGAAUGUUUGCUUCUGCUGCACUGGCUGCUUCUCCAUCACCGCAGCUUCUCUGAGAGCUGCAGGCCACUGCUGCACAUGUACGACCAAGUCAUCCCAGCUGUGAGAGACACGCUGAAGAAGAUUCCUGACCUUAGCGAGAGUGAAGAGCUGGCAAUGGAGGAAAUCUGCCGUUCCGAGGGCGACGACAGCGACGACAUGGAAACAGAUUCCUGACGGACGGACAGGCGCUGUCAGUGUGAGAGUGCAGACGGACAAUGAGUAAGGACAGUGAUUAUGUUUGGGUAAAUAACUGACAACACACACCUGACACCACUCAAGGCUCAGAAACUUACUUUUUUUUUACUGAAUCACAAGACAGUUACAGAAAUAAUGUGCUGACUCAUGGGAAUUAUGUAUAAAUAUAUAAACAUAAAGGUGAGAGAGAACCUGCUGCAGUGAGAGCAGCACCGGAAGCUGCUUCACUCUCUUCAGGCUUUCAGCCUCGUGUUCUUCAGUGAGGGUCCACAUGGUUUCAGAAGCAUCACAUUUACUGUAGCAUCAUCUAUAUUUGCAUCAAUACUUGAACACAAUUAUUUUCAAUCCACUGGGAUUUGUACUACUGUCGAUUGGUGAAAUUAAAACGACUACCAAACUGAAGAAAUAACACGCUGAAGUGAAAACUUUUUAAAGAUCUAUUUAGACCACACGUCAAACUCAAGGCCCACAGGCUGAGUACAGCCUACUGGUGUUUACUGGACUUGUUAAAUGCAGUGGUCAGAUUCUGAAUGUGUAUAAUACAUUCGUAUGUGGUAAUUUUCUCUUUGCUUUAUUGAGUAAAAUUAUGCUGCAGUCUCUUUAGUAUUUCUGGUGAUAACACUGGACCUAAAUAACAGU